AAUUGGACAGUCAGUCCUCUAAUUGUCAAAUAUGUCGUCUUCGGCCAUUUAUGUGUUGGACGUGAAGGGUAAGGUGCUGAUAUCGCGGAACUACCGUGGCGAUAAUAUGGACAUGGCGGUAAUCGACAAGUUUAUGCCACUGCUGAUGGAAAAAGAGGAAGAGGGCAUGAUCACACCUAUAUUGCAAACUGCAGACUGCACCUUUGCGUACAUCAAGACCAAUAACUUGUAUAUCGUAUCGACGACCCCACGCAAUAAGAAUGUGAACAUUGCUCUGGUAUUUGUAUUUCUGCAUAAGAUUGCCCAGGUGUUCAUUGAGUAUUUCAAGGAGCUGGAGGAGGAGUCGAUUCGAGACAAUUUCGUCAUUAUCUACGAGCUGUUGGAUGAACUCAUUGAUUUUGGUUAUCCACAGACAACUGACUCGAAAAUAUUGCAGGAAUAUAUUACGCAGGAGGGCCACAAACUGGAAAUACAACCACGCAUACCUGUAGCAGUGACAAAUGCUGUCUCAUGGCGUUCGGAAGGUAUCAAAUACCGGAAAAACGAAGUAUUUUUAGAUGUCAUCGAGUCCGUUAAUCUUUUGGCCAACGCCAAUGGAAAUGUUUUACGCAGCGAAAUUGUCGGCGCCAUUAAAAUGAGAGUUUAUCUGUCCGGAAUGCCAGAACUCAGAUUAGGCCUCAAUGACAAAGUUCUAUUCGAAAGCACAGGCAGAGGGAAAUCGAAGUCGGUAGAACUGGAAGAUGUGAAAUUUCAUCAAUGCGUACGUCUGUCUCGCUUUGAAAACGAUAGAACGAUUUCUUUCAUCCCACCCGAUGGAGAAUUUGAAUUGAUGUCGUAUAGACUCAAUACACACGUCAAGCCACUGAUUUGGAUUGAAUCCGUUAUUGAGCGACACGAACAUUCUCGCGUCGAGUACAUGAUCAAGGCCAAGUCCCAGUUUAAACGUCGUUCCACGGCUAACAAUGUGGAAAUCAUUAUUCCAGUACCAGCCGAUGCCGAUUCGCCAAAAUUCAAGACCACAAUUGGCAGCUGCAAAUAUGCUCCGGAACAAAAUGCAGUUAUUUGGACUAUCAAAUCAUUCCCAGGCGGCAAAGAGUAUUUAAUGCGGGCCCACUUCGGCUUGCCAAGCGUCAAAAGUGAAGACAGUUUGGAGGGUAAGCCGCCAAUACAGGUCCACUUCGAAAUACCGUAUUUCACCACAUCGGGUAUUCAAGUUCGUUACUUAAAAAUUAUAGAAAAGAGUGGCUAUCAAGCAUUGCCAUGGGUCCGAUACAUAACCCAAAACGGAGACUACCAGUUACGCACUAACUAA